CAUAAUUGUGUAACUUUUUUCGCCCGCUUGGGAUUUACCGCGACUUGCUCUCGAGUUGCACCAACAGUCCAAGCAGCCACCAGUGACCCAAAACAGUCCUUACAACACUCGCUUUUUAAAUCGAUGAAAAAACCGACUUUGCUGCUAUUUUUCCCAACAAUUUCCUUUCACUUUGGCCCAAAUCGCGUCGUAAAUGCAGUUUACAUUGAUUUUGCGGUACAAAGAGUGUACGUCGCGACUUUUCCACUUUUCGUCAAGUCUUGAACGAUCCGUGGAUUCGUCUUGUUUAGUAUAAUCGGUGCAAUUAAGUGUAUGGGUAUCAGAGCGUAUCUAAUGCCAUUAGUUUGCUUGUCUUCGAAAUGGGACUUAAUUGUACUCCACCCGCCAUUGAUGAUUUCCCUCGAGAUUUUUUCACCGAAAAGGAAAGACAAGAUGGGGCCGUGGUUGUACAUGUUGUCGUUUCCCUCUACCUCUUCGUCGCCUUGGCCGUAGUCUGUGAUAAAUUUUUUGUACCGGCUGUAGAAAAAAUAUGCCACGCUCUAAAUAUGUCAGCGGAUGUCGCAGGAGCGACGUUUAUGGCAGCUGCGACUUCUGCUCCUGAGCUUUUCGUCAACGUCAUCGGUACCUUCAUCACUGAGGGCGAUAUAGGCGUUGGUACCAUCGUUGGAUCGGCCGUUUUCAACAUUCUGGCCGUCGCAGCGUGCUGUGGCAUCGGCGCAGGAUUGUGUGGAGUGAAAGUGGUUCCUUUGGAUUGGUGGCCACUAACUAGGGAUUGUUUGGCGUAUGGCAUUACUGUUUCUAUUCUUAUUUGCAUAAUUCACGACGAAAGAGUGGAAUGGUAUGAAGCUUUAACCUUGGUACUCCUCUACACAGUGUAUAUCCUUAUAAUGUAUUUCGACAAGUCCAUUCAAAAGUGUGCUAGAGGUGGGUUCAAAUCUGCACAGGCUCCGCACAAUUCCUCCCCUCAAUCAAUAGAGGCGGCUGAGGCCCACUUACCGCUUCAAUCCAACAAAGAAAUUAAAGAUAUCAGUGAUAAUCACAACACGGAAAACAUCGGACCUGUUGUGGAACAUGUGAUAGUACCAUCGCAUCUCAAUGGUUCCAUCAAAGUACCGGAAAUCGAAGCCGAAGAAGUGAAAAAGACCGAAACGGCAAAUAUGGUCGAAGAUGAGCCACACUGUUUGUGGAAAUGGCCGGCUGGAAGAAGCACAUUCACCCAAUUCACAUGGGUUAUCACGUGGCCCAUCCAUCUGAUAUUUUUAUUCACAAUUCCCGAUUGUGAGAAACCGAGAUUUAAGAAAUGGUUCCCCUUGACAUUCACUAUGUGUAUUAUUUGGAUCGGAUCCCUGUCGUAUGUUGUCGCUUGGAUGAUUACAAUCAUCGGGGACACUCUAAAAAUCCCAGAUUCCGUGAUGGGAAUCACAUUUUUGGCCGCUGGAACUAGCAUUCCGGAAGCCGUUUCGAGUGUCAUUGUUGCCAAACAAGGACACGGUUCGAUGGGCAUAAGCAACUCGAUUGGUUCCAAUACUUUUGAUAUUUUACUCUGUUUGGGUCUUCCCUGGUUUAUCAAAGCUACAUUUAUGCCGACAAUUGCAGGAAAGCAUUGGGUGGGGAUAAAUUCGGCCGGAAUUGAGUACAGCGCCAUCUCCCUUUUGUCAUCGCUACUUCUGCUUUACCUGGUUUUUGCCGUAAACAAAUUUCGAUUAGAUAAGAGAGUCGGUCGGAUUUGUUUGUUGAUGUACGCCAUCUUUCUUAUUUUGGCCAGUCUCAUCGAGCUUAAUGCCUUCUUCAGAGUUAAUUUACCGACUUGUGGACGUUUUUAAUGGGAAAAUUGUGAUUCCUUUCUGCAAUAUUCUUGAUUCACCAUCAUGUCAGAUCUCAAAGAAUUCUGUUUUAGAGUAAGAAAAGAAAUUAAAUUACAUCGCACUUCAUUCUAGUUUAAGUUAUUGCGUAAUCUGUCCUGUACAUAGAACAAUUUUUAAAAACCAUCCAAACAAUAAAAACUAUUUUAUUUUAUAGUAGACAUGUACAUUUUGUUCCAUUACAGCCAAUCCUAUUAUUAAUUUUGUAAUUUAUAUCUCACUAAAUACAAAUAUGACAAACAA